CCAUGCAUACUAAUAAACCCUUCUUGCUCUUUCUUUUAUGCACACUACUCCUAAUCUUUGUCACCACUACAUUUGCCAACCAAAACAACGACGAUGCACCUAAUAACUUAAACCUUGAUCAUGAAACUACUAAAAAACCACCACAUUAUGGUAGUCGUCCGCCUACACAUAAGCCACCACGACCUCCGCAUCACGGCCACCCUCCGCUAGCUGAAGUCGAGACUGAAGAUCAUGUGAAAAAGCCGCCAUAUAAGGGAGGGAAGAAACCACCUUAUCAUGACCUUCCACCGGUGCAUAAGCCGCCUCAUCACGACCUUCCACCCGUGCAUAAGCCUCCCCAUGGUAGCCACCCGCCGACAGAUGAUCAGACUGACACUGAAGCUGCACAUUAUAAGCCACCAUAUCACGGAGGAAAACCACCACAUCACGGAGGAAAACCACCACAUCAUGGCCACCCGCACGAUAGUGAGCCUUGAUGAUGCCAGCUGCCUGCCAUGUCAUCUUUUGUGACUA